GAAUGAGCCCUUUUAACCGUCGAGAUGGUUGCGCUGCUGACGUUAUCUGGAGGCGCGCUUGCAACGGGCUGUGGGGAACGGUGGCUCCAGUGCGUGAGGGCUGCUGCUGUGAUCUGCCUUCCGGCGGAGUAGCUCGAGGUGCCGUAGAAGGCUUUACCCGCAACCCGAAGAGUUGGUGAGAUUCUUAGGUUUAGACUUGGCACUCCUCGCUUAGUGUCAUCCGGAAACGUACUGUCGCUUCCGUCACUCGCAGACUAGAAGCCUCUGCCGGCUGCAGAGUCCGAUGACAGUGGGCUAGAAUGGAGACAGAAAAUAUAAGAAGCAAAAUUAUGGAGAAAGAAACUACUGAACAAAGAAAGGAACAAGAAAAAAAGAAAAGAACUAGAGUAAAGCAAGUGCUUUCAGAUAUAGCAAAGCAAGUUGACUUCUGGUUUGGUGAUGUUAAUCUUCACAAAGACAAAUUUCUGAGAGAACAAAUAGAAAAAUCUAGAGAUGGAUAUGUUGACAUAUCACUUCUGAUUUCUUUUAACAAAAUGAAAAAAUUAACCACUGACAGAAAAUUGAUAGCACGAGCAGUUAAAAGUUCAUCUGUUGUAGAAUUGGAUUUAGAAGGAACCAGGAUCAGAAGGCGGCAACCUUUGGGUGAUCAGCCAAAAGAUGUGGAUAAUCGUACUGUAUAUGUGGAAUUGCUUCCUAAAAAUGUCAAUCACAGUUGGAUUGAACGAGUAUUUGGAAAAUGUGGCAACGUAGUUUAUGUCAGCAUUCCUCGCUAUAAGACCUCCAAAGACCCUAAAGGAUUUGCAUUUGUGGAAUUUGAAACAAAAGAACAAGCUGAAAAAGCUAUAGAGUUCUUGAAUAAUCCACCAGAAGACGCUCCAAGAAAACCUGGUAUGUUUCCCAAAACAGUAAAAAACAAAGUUGUUCCCACAUUACCUACAAGUGAUUCUGCCGUAACUGAAGAAAAAAAGAAGAAGAAAAAGAAAAAAUCUAAAACAAAGAAGGAAAACAGCCAGCAGUCAAAUACUGGAGCAAAAGAUGUAUGCAUGGCCAGUUUUACAGAAUGCACCAAAAGUCAUAGGACGAUAUCAGAGAGUUCUGAAACAGAAUUGUCAGAAAUCCAACGACACUCUUCAAAGAAAGAAAAGAAGAAGCUUGAUAAAACACAAAGCUCAGGCCUAGGAGAAACUAGAUCAGGAAAGAGGAAACGGAAUCGCUCUGAUGAUGGAGAGAUGUCAAUUGUAAAAGUGAAGAAAAUUUCUCAGAAAGAUAAUGUUCACUCUGCAAAGGAGCUAUCAGCAGGGCUAGAGGAUUCCAAAGAAAUUUCUACUGAAGAAGAGAGAGAGAUUGGUGAUAAGAAAGAAACCUCUCUUUCAAAAUCUAAAAGAAAACACAAGAAGAAACAUAAAGAGAGACAUAAGAUGGGAGAAGAAGUUAUUCCACUGAGAGUUCUCUCAAAGAAUGAAUGGAUGCAGCUCAAGCAAGAGUAUUUGUCCCUGCAGAAAGCCAGUAUGUCAUCUCUGAAAAAAGCAAUGACCAAAGCAAACACAGUGACUGUUGGAACAAUGAAAAGAGAUGUCUGUAUGGCAGAUGAUUCUGCAACAAGAAAUGGCAAAUGUAUCGGCAAUAAUGAUUUAGCUCCUGUUGAAAAGAUUCAUCCAAUGGGACCUCAGUUUGAGAGUGGAGUGAUUGUGAAAAUCCUUAGCACUGAUCCACUGCCAGGCAGGAAGCACAUCAAGGACAUGCUGACAACACUAGCUGAUGUUGCUUAUGUUGAUCUGCUGGAAGGAGAUACAGAAUGUCAUGUACGGCUUAAAACACCUGGAGAGGCACAAAUUUUAAUAAACUCACAUAAAGAACUGCAGACAAAGAACAACUGGAAACUUGAGAUUCUUACAGGUGAUCAUGAACAAAGAUACUGGCAGAAGAUCUUGGUGGACCGACAAGCUAAACUAAAUCAACCUAGAGAAAAGAAGCGGGGCACAGAAAAACUGAUAGCAAAAGCGGAAAAAAUGAGACUGGCAAAGACUCAAGAGAUAAGCAAGCAUAUCCGUUUCUCUGAGGAUGAGUAAAUUUAUGACUUACGUGAAAUGCUUAUGAAGAGAGGAAAUAAAUUUAUGACAGAGUAUCUCAUUGUUUCAUAAUGCAAUCAGACAAAUAAAAUUGUGCUGACUUUGGUAAAAUGGAAUACUACUUGAGCCUGUUAUGGAAGAAAUACAUUGAACAAGCUCUUGUAUGUAUUUUUGCACAAAUAUUUAGUACUCUGAAUUUUUAUAUGCUGUUGUAAGAAUGAAAUAAAAAACUGAAACAUUGUUUCUUAAAAUAAAUAGGAAUGAGAGAUCCUAAAAUUCAUUCUAAAUGAUUGUUAAAAGUGGAAAUUUUUCUUGCUUUCUGAUGAGGGGGGAGAGGAGAAAUUAGUGAUGCAGGUAUCGCCGUGUACUCUAUUAAAGAAAACCUAAAUUGUAGAAUCAAAAUUAAGUUUUAUAUUAUCAGUCUUAUUACACUUGCAGUAUCAAAAUUACUUGCACUAGAUUAAGAAGCAUGGAUUUAGCACCAUAUUUUCUGUUUGUAACCCAAAAUAAUUCUUCAAUAUUGGUAUAUAAUAAAGGACCUGUGAAGCUCUAUUGCAUAAUAAGCAAA